GUUAUGAUCGUCCGUUCUUUGCGCAACACGAUGGCGCAACUUCCUCUCGGCUGUCGGCAGCCUUCGUGCCUUUGCAAAUUCCGGAAAGCACGCAAAAAUUCGAAUUAUAACCUCAAAUUUAAUCUGCAUUCUAACCUAGAAAUCCUGGAAUGCGCGUAAAUACGCGAAACGAAGAAUAUGUCGAGAAUAGUCGAAUCUCUGAAACGGCUCAAUGUCGAGAAAGAUACGAGGCCGCAUGAACAGGACGAUGAAAGGGUUGACAAGAAGGCCGAGCUGACGUUGUCACUGGAGGAUCAGAACUACAUCCUCUCCGUCUGUGGAACUCAAAGCGAGCCAGAAUUUAGGAUUGGAGCAGCAUUGUCAGAUCAUUCAUGCAUGAUAUAUUCUGUCGACGAGUCCGUGCAUCAAAUAGAUACGCUAGAUUUUAAUCAAGCGCCCAUCGUGGGAAUUAAAUUCAGUCCUACUUCGAAAAAUAUAUUAUAUAUUGCAGCUAGCGAUGGAUUAAUAACAGUGUGUGAUUUGCGUGCUAAGGGAAAGGUUGUAGCAGAAUUUAAAGAUGAUACGGAAGAUGGCAAAAUAAAACCUCUGGCUAGCUUUGACCUCAGCUGUAAUGAAAGGCUCCUAGCUGGUGGGACGGAGCAUACGAGCGCAGAUGCGUUUAUUCUGUUUUGGGAUAUAAGGCAAAGUGGUUCAAAAAUAGGAAACAAAAGCAGUCCCCUCGGCGGAUAUUGGGAAUCACAUAUGGAUGAUGUCACUUGUCUGAGCUUUCAUCCUACCAAGCGAAAUAUUUUGGCAUCAGGUAGUACAGAUGGUCUGAUGAAUAUAUUCGACCUGACACAAUCUUCAGAAGAUUUGGCCUUGACAUACUCGUUAAAUACCGAGUCGUCAGUGGACAAGUUGGGUUGGUUAACUGAUGAUUCUCUAUGGUGUAUGACGCAUACACACAUGUUACAAUUAUGGGAAUGCGAAGGUGCCAGUGCGUACGCGACAUUUGCACGCAGCCAAUUAGCUGUAUCACAAAAUGAUGAUCCUGAUAACUGUUACUUGGUGAGAUUCCAUGCCACAAAUGCAUUUGGACAACCAUUCCUAUUAGCGGGUUCUAGCACAGCUAAAGAGGAAAAUUUAAGAUGUUUGAGCAUCAGGAAUAAUCGUCUGGAAAUGUAUCACGAAAUUGUAGGGAAUAAACAAAUUGUACGAGACAGUUGGAUGCAUGAAAAGAGUGGUUGCUUGGUAACGGUUGGCGAGAAAGGUAUUAUUAAUGUGUGGCGAAAAGCGGAAUCAGCCACACAGCAGAAUUCGAGUUACAAGUUAUUAACUAAAAUUGGAACUAGCCGUGAUCGGCAUCAUAGAACUAAACCCUAUUAAAAUAAGUAUUUAUAUUGUGUAAAAAAAAGUAUAUAGAUUUGUUAAUGCAGAAAAGUGUUUUUUCAAAAAGUGAUUGCAUCGCAAUGGAAUUGGAACAGUGGAUGUUAAUCAAAGUGUCAUAUUUGUAUAUUUCCCUCACAUUCUUCUUUAUUACAAUAACAGUUGUAUGUACAUUUAUAAUAAAUAGGUAUUAUUUAUUUAUGCGAUUAAUUAUUCAACGGCGAGUCAUAUACCAAUAAAAAAAUGCAGCCACAGGUUUCGUGGUAUAAAUGCUAAGGAAUGUAAAUCACAUGUAACUGUAGACUCAUAUUUGAUUUGGUUAUUAUUAAUAAAAAAUUCUUUUUCAA